AUGGAAGCCAUGGAGUGUGGAGAGGCGGUGAGCUCAGGGGCUAGUUUGGGCCAGAGCAGGUCAGCCCCCUCAGCCCUCACUGACAACCCCCAGGCCAUGCUGACCGUGGUGGUGGAAGUGGAGCAAGGCAGAAGAUCGGGCCCUCAGGAGAAUUGUCACCCCACACUCCUCCUGGAGGGGCCCAAGAGCAUCUGCCUGCUUCAGCCCGGGACUCUAGAGACUCAGGAGGCAGAGCAGGAGCUGCUAGCACGAGUCCAGUCCACGCUGGGCUUGGUGGGCCAAGGGUACAGUGUGGCCCUGCUGCUUCGGGGUCGGGACACAGAGGCACCCCGGCUCGUGCCUCAGCUGCUGCAGAUGCUGUUUGAGGAAGCUCUGCCUCCCAGGGGCUCUGGUCCUGUGCUUAGUACUCUUAGCCUGGUGCAGCUCAGCCCCAGCGGGAAGACUCUGGACCUGCUCUCUCCAGGGACAGAGAACCUGUCAGUGCUGGAUGUGGCCCCUCUGGGUUUGGUGGUGGAAGACGCCACUGAAGUGGAGGUGUCUGACUCAAGAGCGGCCUCAGAGCUGUACUUGCAGGCCUCAGGGGGUGAAGGCAGAGACUGCCCCCUGCUGCAAGUGUUGGCUGGGAAGGUUGUUGGUGAGGAGGUGGAGGGCUCCCUGCCCUGGAUUGUCUCAUGGCUCCUGGAAGGAAACAACUACAGUGGCCUUCUUCUUCGCCUGGACCCUCAAGGCAGCUCGCUAAACUUGCUCCAUGCUGCUCUGUUGGGGGCCGCAGGAAGGAGGAUGCAGGUGAAAGAGGUGAGGCCCACCCUGUGGGAUGCAGUAGAAGAGGCCCAGGCCCGCCGGGCUGGCCUGAAGAGCCUGCGUUCAGGCCUCCUUGAGGACACCCUGACAGAUGGUGGGCUUAGCCAGUUGGGCAGGGCACUGCGGGAGCUGCAGGUAAGCAAGGUGAGGCCUGGAGGUGCCUGGGUGGUAAAAGCCUGGAGCCGGCCCCCAGGAAGCCGGAUGCUCAAAGGGGUCAAAGCUGAGGCCAUGGGGCUCCCAGAACCACUGGCCCAGCAGGCCCCAGAUGUGGCCCUGCAGUUCUUCCUGGCCCAGGCACAGAGACAGAGACUGCGAGAACAGCACCAAAUUUGGAUCCAAGAGGAACUGAAGCAUUUGGAACAGGAAGAGGAGAAAGUGGCAGGUGACCAGGUCAAAGACCUGGUGGCUGAAGAAGAGGUGAGGAGGAGGCAGAGAUGGCACCGGAAGCAGACAGUGUUGAGACUCCAGCUGGAAGCCCUUCGGGCAGAGCGAGAUGCUGCAGAGCAGGACCUGGUAGCCCUCUAUGACCUGCAUGUGCAGGCCGCCCGAGCCCAGACAUGCCAUGUGCUGCAGGUAUUCCAAGCCUGGCGACGGCUGUGCAAAGAGCAAACCAUGACCACAGAACAUCAUCACUGCAGCCUGCUGGCUGGAGUCCUGCAAGACACCAUCAACCUGGCCACAGAGAACGAGGAGCUCCGAGCCCAGAACCAGCAGCUUCGGCAGGGUGCAAAAUGGGCUGGGGUCAUGCUGGAUCCUUGCCCUGGGAAGAAAUCUGAUCAGGAAUCCUUCAGGAGCAGUUUCCCCUCUCCUCAUUCUUAACGGUCCUAAAAUGGAGAGGAAGUUGGGACCCAAUAACCAAGCUAACUCUCUUUAUGGAUAAUCAAUACCACCACUAACCAGGUCUCCUUGUAUCAGUCCCUGCUAAGCGCCUAAUAUCCAUUAUUUCCUUUAGCCUUUUCUACUCUAUAUAACUGUAGGUACUGUUAGACUCCCUUUUCAGAGAUAAGGCAACUCAAGCUAGGAGAGGUUAAGUAACUACCCAAAACAGUCUGCUAACGAGUGACAGAGCCAGAAUUCAGUUGGCUCUAAUUGGCUACAGUUCUACACUGCAGACAGUAGUGGUUCACAAGCUGCAGCGUGCAUCAGAAUCAACUAAGGAGCUUAUUUUAAAAACAAAAGAAAAAAGAGAAAAAGAGAUUCCUAAACCCCACUCCCUAAGAUUCUGCCUCAACAGGUCUAGGACUUUUUUUUGUUUGUUUUACAGGCUUACCAGGUAUUCAACCAAGGGAGCAGGGCCUGACAUUCCUUUGGCCAUAAGAGCAGAUGACAGGCAGGAAUAUCAGUGAGGGAUCCAGAGGAAAUUAGAAUCAAAAUCACACUGAGUCCUUAAGAGUUCUCUAGCCUAGAGUCCACAGUUUGUCCUGCUGGGCCCAGCACCUUCUAUUCUCAAGACUCCCUCCAAAUUCCCCAGGGCCCAAGUUUUGUGCUUCAGGAAAAUUUCAAAAGCUCUGUGACAUGGGGCCGGCCCCAUGGCCUAGUGGUUAAGUUCGCACACUCUGUUGCAGGCGGCCCAGUGUUUCGUCAGUU